UCAAUCAUCAGCCAUGGCCACCAGUACUGCUGUGAAUAUGAAGCUACUCCACUUCCACUCCCCACGUUCCAAUCCUCCCCCGCCAUUGCUCUCCCCACUUCUAACUAAAUCCACCACCACCAGCCAUGCUUUCCCUAACAACCUCACUUUACACUAUUCCGGCUACUCAUCAUCUUACUCAAAUCCAACGGCGGUGGCCAAAGCGACGCUGGACAAGGACAGCCUCGUGCCCUCCGACGACGCCGAAGAUGGAGUCUUGCUUGGUACCAUGAAGUUGCCCUCCGAUACAGACUUUCCCAGAUUCCAAAUCUUGCUCUUUCAGUGGGCUAACAGUCUCUGCCAAGGAGCGAAUCUACCGCUUGAUAUGCCUUUGAAGGUAGACAAAAUAGCAGGUGGGACUAGAUUGGGAUUCAUAACAAUUGGGGAUGGGGAGACAGAGGUCAUCGGGUACAUAGAUUGCUUGGUUUUCCCUCCUGAAGGUGGUUCCGGUCCCAUUUUCCGAGCAGUUAGAAACGGACGGUUGAAGGAUCAGGUCCUCCCGGGUGAGCCCAGAAUCAUGAGAAAUCUUAUGCAGGCUCUCCUGAAGUCAGUUCAAAUCGCUAGAGUGUAAUUACUCAAGUUUGUCCAUUAUAAUCACUCUUGUUAUAUUCACUUUCACACUCAUCUGUAAGUCUGUAACACACAUAUAUUCGUUUAACUUGGUUAUUAAUUAGCUCCAAUAAACCAAAUUAUUAUUAAAGUUGGCUGAAGGAAAACGUGUCAUAUGGUCCUCGUUGCUGGACGCUG